AUGGUAAACGUCGCGGAGCAGUUGUUUUCAACUUCUACAGAAACUUCCUGGUCUAUGGGCAGACGCAUAGUGGAACUUGGUGUACUUGCAGAGGGUCUGUCCGGUUGCAAAAAGUGUGGACUACCUCUGCAGUUGACGCAUGCAUCUGGUAUUUUGACAUAUGGAUUGUCAGCUAUUAUCAAGAUACCAUGUUAUAAUACCAGAUGUCUUCACAUAAACAAUGUUGCAUCUGGGAAAAGACAUAACAAGAUAUGGGAUGCCAACACCAAAUUAGCUACAGCUAUGGUACAUACUGGAAUUGGAGGGAGACAAGUCAACACAUUCCUCACAGCUCUCAAUAUACCACCUGUGAGUAAUACAUUACUCAGUGCAAGGCAGAAGGAAUCGGGGGGUGCUAUAGAGACUGUUGCAGAGAGCACCAUGGCUGUAUGUCUAUCUGAAGAACUAGAUAUUACCAAGAAUAAAUCUGAUAGGGAUGAAUUGAUUGUGAGUGUGGAUGGAGCCUGGCAGAAAAGGGGAAGAUGGUUUUUUUAUAACUUGUUAAAUAAGAGUGAAGGUUGGUUCUUAUUAAAACGUUUAAACCCUCAUGUGUUUGCACAUGUCCUAAAUCAGUUGUAUGUAGUAGUUGUCGUUGGUGGAUGCAGUUUAUAA